AUGGAUUUCAUUAAAACGCUAAAGAAGAAGACGGAAGCUAAAAUCGCCGACAUCAAAUCAGAUUUUAGCAACUCUUCUAGCCUUCCAAAAUGCAAACCAGAUUUCGAUUACAAAUCUUUAAAUAUUUCUACAGAUAUAGGACCUCAAAUUACAGAAUACUUUUAUGAUAUGGACUUUGAUUUACGUGACUAUUUGAAAAAGUAUAAUUUGAUUUAUCCAUGCACUGAGUCACAAUCUCCAUCAUUUGUAGACCUACAGUUCGAUUCUCUUAAUACUAUGCGGAAAUUAUUGCUCGACAUGCCUGUUGUUGAGACAGUUGCCGAGGCUACAAAGACUAAAAAGUCCAAACUACAUAGCCACCAGCCAGUUAAGGAAGUUACACUAGAUGAACUGUACUAUUGUAACGAUCUGGUACUAUUUAGGUUCCUUAGAACAUUCGACUAUAAACCAGAAAAAUCAUUACACGCAAUUUUAAAAACACUCUCAUGGAGAAGAACUAGAGACCCAUUGAGAAUAAAGCCUGAAGUAGUACAUCCAGUACUAUACAAAAAUUUAUUAUACAGAAGAGGAUAUGAUUAUUAUGCAUCACCUAUUUUAUAUUUCAGACCUAUAAAUGAAACAGAAGCUAGCUUAGAAUUACAUGUUUUGGGACUUUAUUAUGUUCUGGAAAGAGCUUUACAAACAUGUUUAGUAUCGCAAGGGAACGAUAAAGUGUAUGUAAUAGUAGACUUAAAAGAUUGGUCACUGUCAAGACUACCACCUAUGGAACUAGUUAUCGAAACUGCUAGAGCACUUGUAGAUCACUAUACAGAGACGAUUGAUGAGAUUAUAUUUAUUGACCCACCGCCAUUGAUCGAUCCAGUAUAUCAGAUGGUCAAGUGUGUUAUCCCAGCAUCAACAACAAAGAAACUUCUUUUCAAAUCAAGAGGACCAAAACUAUUCGACUACCUAAGGUCGAGAAUCCCAUUAUGCUUUCUAGAGAAAUCAUUGGGAGGAGAAUGUGAGCCUGAGAUGGAUUUCAAAGAUUACUGGAAGGUUGAGGAAGCGGAAUUCACAUAUUUUCAAAGAAGAAUGGACGAUAAACAUAAAAAUAAUAUUUUAACACCUGUACAAUUCCCAAUAUAUAGAACUCGACUUAUAAAAUAUUAUUGUGGCAUCCAAUUGUUAAUUCGUUAUGUUAUUUUAUUUUAUUUAUGUAUAUAUUAA